AUGUUACGCCGCUGGGUUUCAAGUAAUACAAUAGGGCAAUUUUGCACAGGAUGUAAAUCGAACAACGAAAAGUAGGAAGCUUGAAAAGACUAGUUAUGUUUUCACCUUAAAUCUCGUAGCAUUUAUACUGUUUGUCGGUAGACGAAGGGAGGUACGACCUUCUACCUAAUCUCAAUUCUACGUACCGUUUCGGUUCGUCCAUUCGUCAUUUUGUUUUUGAAACGGUAUGCGGUCUGUUAGUGACAGCGCGGUAAAUACACGUGGUGAAGUGUAUAUAGUUAAUUGUUUGUUUUAAAUAUCGAAAUAAAAUUCGAAAUGGGCAAGGAAAUUGAAUGUGCGAACAAGCAAAACGACGAUGGUACUUCGUCGGAAACUUCGGGCGUGAAAAUGAAAAAAGAAUUAUCACUUUUGGAUGGAGUAGCAAUUAUUGUUGGUAUCAUAAUCGGUUCAGGUAUAUUCGUUUCGCCGAGGGGAGUUUUGAAAGUGUCUGGAUCUAUAGGGCAGGCUCUUAUAGUAUGGAUACUUUCAGGGCUUUUAUCCAUGAUAGGUGCUUUAUGUUAUACGGAAUUAGGUACUAUGAUUCCGAAGUCCGGAGGUGAUUACGCUUAUAUAAAAGAAGCGUUCGGACCACUUCCGGCUUUUCUUUAUCUAUGGGUGGCAUUAUUUAUUUUGGUACCAACAGGGAACGCCAUUACGGCUAUAACUUUUGCACAAUAUAUUUUGCAACCGUUUUGGGGUACGUGUCCGGCGCCAUUUGAAGCAGUGAGGCUUCUAGCUGCCGUUACCAUAUGCAUUUUAACGGUAGUCAACUGUUACAACGUAAAAUGGGUGACUCGAGUCCAAAGCAUAUUUACGGCAACGAAGAUGUUAGCUCUCGGAAUAAUUGUUCUAGCUGGUGUUUAUUACGCUUGCGCGGGACACGUGGAAAAUUUUCAAAGACCCAUGGAAGGUACUAAUUGGGAUCCCGGACAUAUCGCCGUAGCGUUUUAUUCGGGAUUAUUUUCCUAUUCUGGAUAUAAUUAUUUAAAUUUCGUUACCGAAGAACUCAAAAAUCCAUACAAGAAUCUCCCGAAGGCCAUUUGCAUUUCCAUGCCAGUGGUAACUGUAGUAUACGUAAUAGCUAAUGUGGCCUAUUUCGUGGUUUUAAGUAAAGACGAUGUGCUGGCGUCCGAUGCCGUGGCCGUAACUUUCGGUGAUAAAGUUUUGGGGAUGUUUUCGUUUCUGAUGCCGGUGUCAGUUGCUUGUUCGACAUUCGGAUCAUUGAACGGUGCCAUUUUCGCUUCUUCUAGAUUGUUUUUCGUCGGAGCUAGAGAAGGACAUUUACCCAGGGCUCUAUGCUUGAUUUCGGUGAAGAGGCUCACUCCAGUACCGUCUUUAGUGUUUUUGGGCAUAAUAACGGCGGCGUUGGUAAUGGUAGAAGACGUUUACGCUUUGAUAAAUUACAGUUCGUUCGUCGAAUCGCUUUUCAUCACAAUAAGCAUUUUAGGACUAAUGUACAUGCGCAAAACUCGACCGGAAGCCAUGCGCCCCAUUAAAAUUAAUUUAAUAUUACCGAUCACGUUCUUCGUGAUAUGCACGUUUCUGGUGACGUUCCCUUGUUACGUAAGUCCGAUGGAAGUGGGAAUUGGCGUCGCAUUCAUUUUGUGCGGUAUACCGGUUUACGUCAUAACGAUCGGUUGGCGAAACAAACCGAUAUGGUUAAAACGAAUUUUCAACAAUUUCAAUAAUGGCUGUGCUAAACUAUUCAUAUGCGUACCGGCCGAGAGCGAAAAAGAUUUUUGAUAUUUUUUAUAGAAUAUAAAUAAAAUGAACUUUUUUUAUUUAUUUUUUUCAUAUUUAUUGGUAAUAAAUAGUUAAUGGUACCUAAACUACGAACACUUUGAAAUAAAACAUUUGCGAAGCCUCAUAAAAACAUGGCGGAAGCUACACCAAAAUGUCUCGAAAUUGAAUAAAAUACUAACAAUUAUAGAGUAGUUUCACAUACCUGCUAUAUUUCUAUAAAACUUCGAGUACUAUACACAAAACUUCACAUUUGGAUACAUUCCAAUUGUUCUCAAUUUAUUUUAAAAAACACUUCCAAAAUACACUAGGUUCAGUUCUUAAAGUAAAUUUGCUUCUAUUUUUUUUAACAGUCUGCAUCAAAUGUCAUACGCUUCUUUUUUUUACUUUUAAUGAUUCGCCUAAUUCUACUUAUCACCAAUUAUCAGUUUUCAAAAUAAUAUUAAUACUUAUUUAAACAUCUUUAUAUAAGUAAUAUAAAUGAAUCUUGCAUUUAAACGAAUAAAUUCCCACAAAAAGUUUUUUUUCCCUAUGAUUAUCAUCAAUUUAUUCGUUGUUCUUGUAUUACUAAAAAGCUUUUAAGAAAAAGAAGAGAUGUUGUUGCCACGUUGUACGUUGUUAUGAAAACAUUUGUAAGAUGAUUUGUACAUUCAAUUCAGUUGAAAAGAAAUAAGAUUAAUAAUUUUGAAUAUAAUACUAAACAAUUACCCAGAAUAAUAAUUAAUUACUCAUGAAAUGCAAAUGAAAAACACAGAAACAUAAUAUUUUUAUAUAAUUACCCGAUUUUGAUAACAUUGAAUAUCACAACACUGGAUAGGGUUACUGCCAAAGUUUAGAAUAUAAUUUUAACUGAAAUAAAAGAUAUGAUUUCACUUACACUUUUCAUAUCUAUAUUCUAUUGAAUGAUUGUAAUAAUACACUACAGGAGUGUUGAUGCCACACAUCUCCAUUGUUAGCACAGGUCAGAUCACUUUCCAAACGUUUUAACUGAGUUAAAUAUUAUCAUCUUAUACAACAGUGAACUAAUUAAACUCUUUUAAAUAACUUUAAAGAACACAAACAUUGUUUGGAAAGUUAUCUAUCACGCCCGUGACGUCAUGAUCCAGUUGUCUAUUCUAAAUAUAUUAGUCCAGGUGAUGGUCAUAAAAAUCUAUUGAUUAAAAAAAGUGGUAGUACGGGUGAUAACUCCCGAAUACCAACGAGUCAAUUAUUUUUAAAUUUUAUAUAAAAAAAAAGUUUUAUAUGCAUUUGAUUAAUUAAUAUUUUAUUCUACAUUAUUUUUAUCAAAUAUUUUUCGGAAUCUGUAUUAUUUAGUGCCUUAAUAUUCUCAUUUUUUUUUUUUCGUUUUAAAACAUUAGUAAUUAAGAAGUUCUCUUUAUAGUUUUGUGAUACAUCACAUUGUUGUGAUCGAAUUCAUUUAAAUUCAGUUUUAAUUGAACAUGAGUCUCUAAAAUCAUACCCUUAUAAGGGAAUUAAUUUAACUCAAAUCCAUCCCAGUUUAAUAAAAAACAAUGUAAUUGUUCCAAUUACUUACUAGUAUUUAUUAUUUCUAAUAAAUAUCAAAGUAUGUGAAUGUUCCAAGUGAUUAAAUUAUGUUAAUAUAUUGUUUUUUUAUAAAAAUAAAUUGGUUUCAUUUGUAA